AAAAAAACCAGAUGUUUUCUCUUAUCCAUCGAAAUAUUUUACGAACAGCAAUACAAGUAGAAUUGCAGCAAAAUGUAAUCUACACUUUUAGUAGAUGUUCACCAAAGGUGAGUUUUACCAUGAGGUGCAUUCACUCAACAGCACCUCACCCAUGGUAUGCAUCCUUGAGAUACUGUAGGAGCCUGGGCAUCAGCCUUAGUACUGCUGCCUCUGUUUUGACAUUCUUGCGCCCAUUGAAGACAGUGCAGUGUGCGGAAUUGGUCUUACCAGUAUCAAAGGAUCUAGGACUAAGGAAGCACAGCAAUAUAUUCAUCAGGGUUUUAAAGAGUAUUAUAUUCCAUGUUAAAUUGUUUUUUAGACUGUUAAAGCUAAUUUUAAUUUUUACACCAAUAUGUUGCACAUAUCCAUUGACGUACCUCUCAAAUGAUGCCUGGAUUCUGUGGUUAAAAAUCUUAUAUUUUGCUGUUGAAAGGCUUGGCCCAACAUUGAUUAAGUUUGGCCAGUGGGCUAGCACACGGAGGGACCUCUUCCCAGCAGAGUUUUGUGAUAUGUUCUCUCAACUUCACCUGCAUGUUAUGCCACAUUCUUGGUACUAUACACAAAAAAAACUCACCCGUGCAUUUGGGAAGAAUUGGCGAGAUGUAAUUGUAAAGAUUGACAAUCGAAGACGAGCAAUAUUUUCAGGAUGUAUUGGACAAGUCUACCAAGCAUACAUCAAGCCAGAGGCAAUUAAAGAUGGAUCAUUAAGGGAUGAAAUCUUAGAUGAACUAGGUGAUACAGACACUAUGGAUUUCUUUGAAGGCUUAGAGAUCCUUGGCUUUGGAGAACUGUUAGGAACCCGGGAUAAAGA